AUGGGACAACAGCAGUCUGGUUUCGGUGGCAAAGGAAACGAACGAGGUGGUGGUGAUGCCGACAAAGAAAAGAAAAAGAAGUAUGAAGCGCCAAUUCCUUCGAGAAUCGGCAAGAGAAAGAAGGGCUCCAAGGGCCCUGACACAGCCAGUAAACUUCCUGCAAUUACUCCUCAUGCACGAUGUCGCCUGAAGCUUUUGAAAAGCGAGCGAAUAAAAGACUAUCUCUUGAUGGAACAGGAGUUUAUUCAAAAUCAAGAACGCCUCAAGCCACAGGAAGAGCGCCAGGAGGAGGAAAGAACGAAGGUCGAUGAACUCCGUGGUACACCAAUGGCUGUCGGUUCAUUAGAAGAGAUAAUCGAUGACCAACAUGCCAUUGUUUCCACAAACGUAGGAAGCGAGCAUUAUGUUAACAUAAUGUCAUUCGUCGACAAAGAACAGCUAGAGCCAGGGUGUGCUGUACUACUCAAUCAUAAAAAUCAUGCUGUAAUUGGAGUACUUGCUGAUGAUACUGACCCUAUGGUUUCGGUGAUGAAGCUUGAGAAAGCACCACAGGAAACCUACGCGGAUGUUGGUGGUUUAGAUCAACAAAUCCAGGAAAUAAAGGAGUCAGUCGAGUUGCCGUUAACACAUCCUGAGUAUUAUGAAGAGAUGGGAAUCAAACCUCCAAAAGGUGUGAUCCUUUACGGUUGUCCCGGAACCGGCAAAACGUUACUAGCCAAAGCGGUCGCCAAUCAGACGUCGGCCACCUUCUUACGAAUUGUUGGCUCAGAACUUAUACAAAAGUAUCUUGGUGAUGGUCCAAAAAUGGUGCGAGAACUCUUCCGUGUUGCUGAGGAGAACGCUCCGUCGAUUGUAUUCAUUGAUGAGAUCGAUGCAGUUGGCACAAAGCGAUAUGACUCCAACUCGGGAGGAGAGCGUGAAAUUCAGCGCACUAUGCUCGAACUGCUCAAUCAACUUGAUGGUUUUGACUCACGUGGUGAUGUUAAGGUGCUGAUGGCUACUAACCGUAUCGAGUCGCUAGAUCCCGCUCUUAUUCGACCUGGACGUAUCGACAGGAAGAUUGAAUUCCCUCUCCCUGAUGAGAAAACGAAACGAAGAAUUUUCCAGAUACACACUUCCCGAAUGACCUUGGGUGAGGACGUGAACCUUGAAGAAUUCAUCCUUGCGAAGGACGAGUUAAGUGGAGCGGAUAUAAAGGCUAUGUGUACGGAGGCCGGCCUUCUAGCCCUUCGUGAACGCCGUAUGCGUGUUACUAUGGAAGAUUUCCAGAAAGCGAAGGAGAAUGUCCUGUAUCGGAAGAAAGAAGGCGCACCUGAAGAACUCUAUUUAUAA